AUCAAAUACCCUUUGAAUUUGAACGACGUUUGAUUCCGAGUCUCUCUUACUAUAUACAAAUCAUCUCUUCUUCUUCAUUAUCAAACCCUUUCAAUUUCUCAGAGCCACCGGAAUCAGAGCAAAAUGGUCGGAAUUGUGGUGGUUUUCGACUUCGACAAGACGAUCAUCGACUUAGAUAGCGAUAAUUGGGUGGUGGAUGAACUCGGCGCCACCGAUUUGUUCAACGAACUCCUCCCUACGAUGCCGUGGAACUCUCUCAUGGAUCGGAUGAUGAUGGAGCUUCAUGAACAAGGAAGAACCAUCGACGAUAUUGCCGAUGUUCUCAAACGCGCUCCGAUGCAUCCUGAUGUCGUUCCCGCCAUUAAAGCCGCUCAUGCCUUACGGAUUGUGAGUGAUGCGAAUCUGUUUUACAUCGAUACGAUUUUGAAUCAUCUCGGAAUUAGAGAAUGCUUUUCUGAAAUCCAUACGAAUCCAAGCUUGGUGGAUGAAGAAGGAAGGCUAAGAAUAUUUCCAAUCCACAAGUUCUCUAAAUCUCCUCACGAUUUCUGCCCUCCAAACAUGUGCAAGGGCCUCGUUAUGGAGAGGAUUCAGGCGUCGUUGAUGGCGGAAGGGAAAACGAAGAAGAGGUUCAUCUAUUUAGGCGAUGGAAAUGGCGAUUACUGCCCUAGUUUGAAACUUGGAGAAGGUGAUUUUCUGAUGCCGAGGAAGAAUUUUCCAUUGUGGGACUUGAUUAGCCAACAAAAUCCACUUGUGAUUAAAGCAGAAAUCCACGAAUGGAGCGAUGGAGAAGAAAUGGGGAGGAUCUUGUUGAGGUUAAUCAACUCCAUUUCAAUGGCGGAGAAUGCUCAGUUCUUAUCGCCUCAAAAUAUGGCCGUUGCUGUGCAUGAAGCAGAGGCGGGCUUCACUCACUCCAACCCUGGCAAUGGUGGCUAAUUCAAGUAAUGUAUUAAUUUUGUAAAAUGCCAAGUAGCACGCUUUAAAUGUUUUCUUUACUCUUUUUCAAUAAGGAAAAAGAUAAAUUAAAUAAACAAAGAGUGUUCGGAUUAUAUACACAUGUUAUACUCAUAUAGUAAUGAAUAGAUCCAAUCUACAUGGUUGCAUUUUGGAAAUUUGCAAUGGGUAGCAAAUCUAAAAUGUAUAACUAGGAGUGUGUCUUCUAAAAAUUGUAGAUAUAGCAAAAUUCUCCAA